GCGGGCACAGAGCAGGAGGUCCGCGUGGAUAUCACGGCUCUAGUGAUUUCGUGUUUAGGCUGCAACUACAUUUUCUCAUUAUUCGUGUUACAAGUUAACAAAUGAAAGCGCGUAUGCAAUAGGCUAUGCUUAAACAGCGUUGUGCUGUCCACGUGUUACUCUUGUUUAUAGAGCAAACUAUUUUGUUACAGCUGAUGGUGCUUCUGUGCAUUACCAUGAUUUGGAUGCUAGUAUAACUGCAAUCUGUUACAUAUUAUAGGCUAAAUCUGAAGUGGAUUCGUUUUUUUCGGAGAGAAUGCAUUUUCCCAGCCACUAUUGACAAGUGUCCACUUUGCCCCAUCUGUACGAAUUCGUUUGUAGUAUGAUGCGGGUUUAUGGAUACGGGGGAAGUGGCGUUGCAGUUGCUGUUGAAGACCCCGAGAUAAAACACUGAAAAGCGAGAGAAUUACGCCAGAAAACUUCAUUCAGUUACAGGCAGAUCCUGCGGUGACUCAGAGGCAUGGAGCCGGGCGGCGGGCCUGCAGAUGCGUCUGCGCUGGAGGACAGUGCAGCGCUGGGGCUGCUGCUGCUGCGUGCUGCGGGGAGCCAUGACGCCCUUGACAGGAGUCUGAGGUCCUGCCCGUUCCUGGAGGAGGAGGAGGAGGAGGACGAGGACGACGUGCCCGAGCUCCCGCUGAGCAUCCACCCCCGUGAGCGUCCCGACUGGGAGGAGACCAUCAGCGCCAUGGCGAGGAGUGCAGAGAUUCCGGAGCUGACCUCCGACCCCCCUCUCCGAUCCUGCGGCAGCACCGCCAGCAUGAAGGUCAAGAACGUCAAAAAGCUGUCCUUCACAAAGGGACAUUUUCCCAAACUGGCAGAGUGCGCACACUUCCACUACGAAAACGUCGACUUCGGGACCAUACAGCUGGCUCUAGCAGAGGAACAGAAUGAAGUGACAAGGAAUGGCCAGGAGUUGAAAGAGCUGGUGUACCUGAUCCAGAUCUGCUGUCAGGGCCGGAGCUGGAUCGUGAGGCGCAGUUAUGAAGACUUCCGCGUCCUCGACAAGCACCUGCACCUGUGUAUCUACGACCGCCGCUUCUCCCAGCUCGCCGAGCUGCCCCGAUUCCACACCCUGAAGGAGCAGCCUGAGACAGUUUCCCAGAUGCUGAUGGCCUACCUUUCCCGUUUCUCGGCGAUCGCCGACAACAAGAUAAACUGCGGCCCGGUGCUCACGUGGAUGGAGAUUGAUAACAAGGGGAACCACCUGCUGGUUCACGAGGAGUCGUCCAUCAACGUCCCCGCCAUCGCGGCCGCCCACGUUAUCAAGCGCUACCUCGCCCAGGCGUCUGACGAGCUGUCCUUCGAGGUGGGAGAUAUCGUUUCCGUCAUCGACAUGCCCCCUAAAGAGGACACCACCUGGUGGAGGGGGAAGCACGGCUUUCAGGUGGGCUUCUUUCCCAGCGAGUGCGUGGAGCUGAUCAACGACAAAAUCCCCCAGUCCGUCACCAACUGUGUGCCAAAGCCAGCCUCACCCAUCCCAGGACUGCGGCCCCCCACCUGGAGCUUCUUCCCGCCCUAUUUGGAGAUGGACAGUAUAAAGCAGGAUAAUGCAUGGGCCUCCAGCCCCCUAAACUGCUAUGGCCUGAGCUCAGUGUCUAAGAAGCACGGGAAGCUGAUCACGUUCCUGCGCACCUUCAUGAAGUCGCGGCCGUCGAAGCAGAAGCUGAAGCAGCGGGGCAUCCUGAGGGAGAGGGUGUUCGGCUGUGACCUGGGCGAGCACCUCCUUAACUCGGGCCACGACGUCCCCCAGGUCCUCAAGAGCUGCACAGAGUUCAUCGAGAAGCACGGGGUGGUGGACGGAAUAUACCGCUUGUCAGGAAUCGCCUCCAACAUCCAGAAGCUGCGGCACGAGUUUGACUCGGAGCAGAUCCCAGACCUGACCAAGGACCUGUACAUCCAGGAUAUCCACUGCGUGGGCUCGCUCUGCAAGCUGUACUUCAGGGAGCUCCCCAACCCGCUGCUCACCUACCAGCUCUACGAGAAGUUCUCCGAGGCGGUGUCGGCUGCCACAGACGAGGAACGGCUCAUCAAGAUCCAUGAUGUCAUUCAACAGCUGCCUCCGCCGCAUUACAGGACUCUGGAGUUUCUCAUGAGGCAUUUGUCGCGUCUGGCGACCUUCAGCUACGUCACCAACAUGCACAGCAAAAACCUGGCGAUCGUGUGGGCCCCCAACCUGCUCCGGUCGAAGCAGAUCGAGUCGGCCUGCUUCAGCGGCACGGCGGCCUUCAUGGAGGUGCGCAUCCAGUCGGUGGUGGUGGAGUUCAUCCUCAACCACGUGGACGUGCUCUUCAGCCCCAAGCUCAGUCUGCUCAUCCGCGAGGGCACAGGUCACGGCUCUUUGUCGCGACCCAAAUCCCUGCUGGUGUCCUCUCCCUCCACCAAGCUGCUGACCCUGGAGGAGGCCCAGGCUCGAACCCAGGCCCAGAUCAACUCCCCAGUCACCGCCGACAGCAAGUACAUCGAGGUGGGAGAGGGCCCGGCCGCCCUCCAGGGCAAAUUCCACACUAUCAUCGAGUUCCCCACCGAGAGAAAGCGCCCCCCCGGUAAGACGAAGAAGUCCCCGGUGGGCAGCUGGCGUUCCUUCUUCAACCUGGGCAAGUCCUCCUCCGUGUCCAAGCGCAAGCUCCAGCGUAACCCGAGCGAGCCCAGCCAGCUGAAGAACAUGGCCCUGGCUGGAGGCAGGGGGGGAGAUUCUGGGACACUACGGUCUGCCAAGAGUGAGGAAUCUCUCUCCUCUUUGCACAAUGUGGAAGGCGAGGUGAAGAUGCUGCGGCCCCGCCGGCCCCGCUCCAGCAGCGACGCCCUGUCGGCCUCCUUCCCCGGGGAGCUGGACGGCCGGCAGCACUGCGGCUCCUACGACACCCUCCCCCGGGGGGAGAGCGAGGGGGACGAGGGGCAGCUGAGGGUCCCCGCCCUGAUCUCCCCGCCCUGCUCGGCCGAGGACGUGGACCUUCUGAGCCCCCCCGACCUGGGCGUGGCCUCACUGGACUUCGACCCCAUGUCCUUCCAGUGCAGCCUGCCGGCCUUCGAGCCCGCCCCCCCUUCACCCGCGUCCAGGGAGGGGGCCAGCCCCCCCCGCAGCGCUCCAGAGCCCGCCUCCCCCGCCCCCGCCAGCCCGGAUGGCCUCGCCCUCUCCCCCAAACCCAGCCCCACCACCCAGUGCCCGUCCCCUAGCUCCAUCGCUGUGGGAACGCCGCGGGGCCCCUCUCCCGACGCACUGCGGGGCCCCUCCGAUUCCCCGCCCCCGCGCAGUCCCCCGGCGGAACCCUCGGUCGGGGCGACGGCCGGUCUCGUUUCGGAGAGAGACUGCAGCGCCCCUCCAGGUUCUGCACCCCCUGCCCCGGCCUCCCCCCCUCCCUACACGGUCUCCGCCCAGCCGCUGAGCGGGGCGACUGGGCCCGGGCCGCAAGGCCAGCCUCUCUGUGCUGCUGCCAUGGAGACGAGCGUCCCGCCCCUCUGUGACAUCACUGAAGCUGCCACCAACCAUCCAGGACCCGUAGCUGCGGACCCUCGGCAGGAGGGCCCCCCCGUUAGCGCAGCGUCCCUGCUCCCCCCUCCCCCCCCUCCCAAAAACGCCGCCCGCCUGCUGGCCCUGGCUCUGGCUGAGUCCGCCCAGCAGGCCACGGUGCUGUGUGAGGGGAGGGCGUCCGGACCCCCCCCUCCGGACCCCCCGCCGAGCCCCCCCGAACGGCCCCCGCAGCCCCACACCUCCCCCGCCACCCCCGCUCCGUUGCCGCCGGCAGCCGCCCCCGUGGACGUCCAGAGGGCCACGGGCGAGCAGGAGCCUGAGGGGACGGAGAGCCCCCAGCCCCCCGCCACGCCCGGGGCCCGCGCCAGCCCCCGGCCCCCCGCCCCGCCCGGGGCCCACGCCAACGCCUGCCUGGGCGGGGAAGGUGGCCAGCAUGGGGCCAGCGCCGCCCCCAGCCCCCCCGCCCGGAUAUGGCCCCCCCGCGGGAGUCCUGCCUCGGACCCGGUGCCCGUCAGCGCCCCCUCCCCCGUCAGCGCUGCCAGAGAGCACGGGACCCCCUCACAGCAGGAGGUGAACGAGGAGAGCCGGAGGACGAUGCAGACCAGCGAGAACCUCCCAUCUCCAACCCCGCCCAAACCCAUCGAAUCACCGGUCGCCGUGGAAACACCCCGCCCCGCCGCCACUCCCGUUCCGGCCACGCCCCCCCGCACAGCCGAGAAGCCCACGCCGCCACGCGCCCCGCCCCGCGCCUACAUCGCCCCUCCCCCGGCCCCGCCCGUGCGGUCCUCAGACAGCAGGCUGGCGGCCGCGGCAUUUUCCGGAACGGAAGCCGCCAACGCUUCCAAUUUCCACGCCAUCCUGGCCGAGGCGUGCGUUCCGUCCUCCGUGGAGGAAGUCCUGCCUCAUCCGCCCCCGCCUCCCAGGAAGUCCUCCGCCCACCAGCCUCCCUACCUCUACUACCCUAAAGCAGAGGCGGUGACUGACCCCCCACCUUCAGAGGCCUACUACCACCCGCGGGCCACCCCGACCGGGCCGCCCUACCACUACCGCCCCGAGAGCGUGCCCCCGCACCUCCCCUGGGCCUCCAAAUCAGACCCGCAGAUCCUCUACCACGCCUGUGGCGACGCCCGCUACGCUACCCUGGGGCCCAAGUCCUUCCACCAGUCCUUUAAGUCCCAGGGCCCUCACAGGGGCGAGUACCCGCCCGGCAGGCACCCCCGGCAGGGGUAUGGGGCCCAGGACGGAGCCCUGGGGUACCCCGCCAUCCGCCGGGUCCAGUCCCUACACGCCGCGCCCACGGGCGUCCGCGCGGCGCCCGGGUCUCGAGCGGAGCUUCCCUUGGAGGACCAGUCCGUGUAUUACCAGCGGCCGGUCUACCACUACAAGGCGGUCUACCGCCCCGCGCCACCGUCACAGGCCGAGUACCACGUCACCCAGCUGCAGCCGUAUUUUGAAAACGGGCGCGUGCAGUACCGCUACAGCCCCUACUCCGGGUCCCACCCUCCGGACGGCCCCUGUUACGAGGCGGACCGCUACGCCACGCUCCGGUUAAGGCACCGACCCCCGCCGUUUCCCCCGCACCCGGUCAGGGCCGGGGGCAAGGCCUCCGGGUGCCACUACCUGCCCCGCCACCUGCUGCCCCUGGGCAAGGAGCACAGUUUCGUCAGCCGGGACAUGCCCCCCUCGGGGGGGCCCAAGGGGCCGGUGUACCUGGCCUGGGACCCCGAGGAUUUGGACCGGGUCUACAUGCACUCCCUGCGGAGGGACAACCGGGCCAGACAGAAGGUCAAGGUUCACGUCGCGUCUCCAUACGACAACGUGGUCCUCCUGGACCCGGGAGCCCCGGAGACCAGGCACCUGCGGAGCAAGUCGGACCCGGGGAAGGCUGUCCUGGUGGCCGUGGAGGGGAGGGACGGGCUCUACGCCGUGACCCAGCACCACCCCCGGCACCCUCCCCCGGACACGGAGGUGCUGGUGUACGCGGAGCAGGACAGACGCUACCAUGGCAACGGUCUGGCCGACAGGCCGGCCGCCGCCGCCUCCCACUCCAAACACGGCGGCUCCCGGAGUUCCCAGCAUGCACCGCACCAGGACCCCGGCCACCCCAACCCGAAGGUCGCGCCCACGGACCACAAGCCCGGGGGCCGGCACCGGCAGGAGCCCCCCGAACCCAGAGGCCCGCCUCCGCGCUAUGAGCUCCCCGAUCCGGACAGGCACGCGGGCAGGGCCAAAAUCCCCCCCGGCUACCCUGACCAGGACCCGCAGGUCCUCCCCGUCAAAGUGCCCGCGGCCCCCAAACCAGAUCGAUCGCAGAGCGUGAGAGAGCGACAGCACUACCACCCCCAACCAGCAGAGGGCGCAGAGCGAGGGAACCACUCUUCGAACCCCCACGGCAAACUGCCGACUUCCCAUUACGACAACCUGGACGACUACCGCCCCGCCCCCAAGCAGCCGGCCCCCCACGGCCGCGGGGGAGGGGCCGGGCACUGCCCCAGCAGCGGGUUCACCCCGUCUCACGGCAACAGGACCUUCUCCACCGCGCUGGGCCAGGGGGCCUUCCUGCCGGCCGAGCUGCCCCUCCAAAGGCCCGACACCGAGAUACGGGCCGAGUGACGGACUACAGCGCAUGCCGCCAAAUAAAUAGCUAAAAAAUACAAUAAAAAGCCCAUUCAGCAGCCUCUGCAGGACGGUGGACUGCCUCCUGAAUGCAUUUUAUUUUUACCUCCCUGUUUUUGUAAUGAAACCGUCAAAAAACAAAAAAACAAAAAAAAAAUACACUUUUUAACUGAAGUGAAUGUACCAUAACCUUGAAUACAACACACAUGUGACUUAGCCAAAGGUAGGGGUGAUCACAAAUACAUUUAAUGCUGAAGAUUAAAUAGACACAAAACCUAUAUAUAGACUACUGGUAAGAGGGGGUUCACAUACAAAGUUACACUUGCAUUUUAUGUGGAAGGAACAGGAGGGUUGGAGCAUUAUAGGGGGUUUGUAAGAGGCAAAUAGAUACAUGUUUGCAUUUUAGAAAUGCAUGUCCAGUUGGAGAACAGUUCUCUGUCCUGUGAUUUCUGGGUGUCCGGUGUCUCGGGGUGCCAGCUCAGCAUGUGCACAGGUAUAAGCGUUUUCGCGUUUUGGGCGCUCGCCCGGAUCCGUGUGAGUAGUUGGUCUUAAAGACGGAAUAUUCAGGUGUAACUUCAUGUUCUCGUUUCUCAGCCAUCGUGAGCACUUUUUUUUGCACCUACGUUUAUCCAUACACCUAACUGCACACUCCAACAUUCCUUAAUUUUCUCUGUAGUGCUGGGAAAUGUCGAAUGUGAAGUUUGAGUGCCUUUAGUGAAGUUUGUUUGUGCUUCCGUCACAAAUAAAACCAGGACCGGAAAGUUGAAUGAAACUGAUCUGAUCACCAAAACUGUCCCCUUUGGAAUGAAGGGAUGACACAAAACGUGACUUGUAGCAUUUCAUUGUCAGUGUCAAUGAACGAUGCAGUUUGCAAUGUCAAAUGAGUGCUUUCACCCGUAGUAGUACUGUAAUGUGUAAUGCUUGAACGUUGAGACUUGACAACAAAGGCAGAGGGAAGGUGCAUAUUAAAAAAUAAAUGACAUUUUUGCUACAAUUACAAUUAAAAUUGAAAGCAAAUAUGAUUUUAUAUUGCUAGCUUUAUGAAGUUUAGAAUUAGAAAUGUCACUGCGCUUCAAAAUUCCAGUGUCAUCAUCUGUCAUUUGUGAUAGUUAAAAAAUGUCACCCCCUACAGUAUAGUCCAUAUAUCCCUCUUGUUUUUCAAUGCAUCAU